CUCUCUCUCCCUCUCUCUUUCUCUCUCUCUGUCUGUCGGUUUGUCUGUCCCUCCAUCUUUCUCUUUCUUCCAGUCCUCAUUGUUAUUUUCAUUUAGUUUCUCAUUGUCUCUCUCUUCCCCUUCAAUAGGAUCACGCUCUCAUUUUUUUAAUCCCCUGCAGUCUCUCCCUUUUUCUCGAUGUAUUUCCUGAGUGUCUCUCGCUUUAGUUCUUCAUCCAGUGGCGGUUGUAGGCUACUUUUAGUGGUGGGGGGGCCCUGAGGGGCCGCACCCCCUGCGCCUCCAGCGGAGGUAGGCGGGCGCUGACUGAACGUUUCCCCAGACGACACCGGAACGUCGACGUUACUCCCAAAACAACUCCAGUGGUGUAUUUUCCAUUUCUUGGGCUGACUAGAACCAAAUCUUGCAUUUUUGGGGGGGGGGGCGUCGUCUACCCCACUCGAGCCACCAUUGACUUUAUCAGUUUUUAAAAUUCCGUUUCCUUCUCUGUCGCCGUGCCUUCACUUCUUUUCAGUUCCUUGCCUCCCCUCGAAUGUCCCAUUUGCGCGAAGAGCCCUUGAACACGGCAAAGCGCCGACGGGAACGAACGUCUCUCAUCUCGCGCCAUCGGCGUCGUUCUCGCGAGAGGAGCGGCCCGCCCUCGCUGCGUCCGCGCGGGGGACGAAAAGAACGCUCAACUCGACUGCGUGCCGCUUUGGGAGUAAUAUCCGAAUCAUCGCUGCGAAGUCGCCAAAUAGCGAAUAUUUGGACCGAGUACAACUUGCAGAAUGGCCCAGAAGGAGAAGCUCCAGUGCCUGAAGGACUUCCACAAGGACACGCUGAAGCCGUCUCCCGGCAAGAGUCCCGGCACCCGUCCCGAAGACGAGGCCGAGGGCAAACACCCGCAGCGGGAGAAGUGGGCCAGCAAGCUGGACUUUGUUCUGUCGGUGGCCGGAGGAUUCGUGGGUUUAGGGAACGUCUGGCGCUUCCCGUACCUCUGCUACAAGAACGGCGGAGGUGCUUUCCUCAUCCCCUACUUCAUCUUCCUGUUCGGCGGAGGCCUCCCGGUCUUCUUCCUGGAGGUGGCGCUAGGCCAGUUCACCUCCGAGGGUGGCAUCACCUGCUGGGGCAAGCUGUGCCCCAUCUUCACAGGAAUCGGCUACGCCUCCAUCGUCAUCGUGUCCCUGCUGAACAUCUACUACAUUGUCAUCCUGGCCUGGGGGAUCUACUACCUUUUCCAGUGUUUCCAGCCCGAGCUGCCGUGGGCCAAGUGUAACCAGCCCUGGAACACGGAUCGCUGCAUCGAGGACACCUACCGCAAGAACAAAAGCCUCUGGCUGCCUUCCAACUUCUCCAACUUCACCUCCCCUGUCACAGAGUUCUGGGAACACAAAGUGUUGGGCAUCAGCAGUGGCAUUGAGGACAUGGGCCCCAUCAAGUGGGACCUGGCUCUGUGUCUCCUGCUGGUCUGGGUCAUCUGCUUCUUCUGCAUCUGGAAGGGCGUCAAGUCCACCGGGAAGGUGGUCUACAUCACGGCCACGUUCCCGUUCGUCAUGCUCAUCGUCCUGUUGAUUCGCGGCGUCACCUUGCCCGGUGCCACCGAGGGCAUCAAGUUCUACCUGUACCCCGACCUCGCCCGCCUCAAGGACCCAGAGGUGUGGAUCGACGCCGGCACCCAAAUCUUCUUCUCCUACGCCAUCUGUUUGGGCGCCAUGACGUCCCUGGGCAGUUACAACAAGUACAAAUACAACUGCUACAGGGACUGUUUGCUGCUGGGAGCCCUCAACAGUGGUACCAGUUUUGUGUCUGGCUUCGCAAUAUUUUCCGUCCUGGGAUUUAUGGCACAAGAGCAAGGGGUGGACAUUGCAGAUGUGGCCGAAUCAGGUCCCGGCUUGGCCUUCAUCGCCUACCCCAAAGCCGUAACCAUGAUGCCUUUCCCCACACUCUGGGCCAUCCUCUUCUUCAUCAUGCUCCUGCUGCUUGGCCUCGACAGUCAGUUUGUGGAGGUGGAAGGGCAGAUCACAUCACUGGUGGAUCUGUAUCCGUCCUUCCUACGGAAGGGUUACCGCAGAGAGGUCUUCAUCGCUAUCAUAUGCUGCAUCAGCUACCUGCUGGGACUCACCAUGGUUACCAAGGGUGGCAUGUAUGUGUUCCAGCUGUUUGACUACUAUGCAGCGAGCGGUGUGUGCCUUCUGUGGGUGGCAUUCUUUGAAUGUGUAGCUGUUGCCUGGGUUUACGGUGUCGAUAACUUCUACGAUGCUGUGGAGGACAUGAUCGGCUACAGACCGAACCCUUGGAUGAAGUGGAGCUGGUCUGUCAUCACUCCCUGCUUGUGCGUGAGCUGCUUUAUUUUCUCUCUGGUCAAAUACAAGCCGCUGACGUACAACAAAGUGUACGAGUAUCCCGACUGGGCCGUCGGAGUGGGCUGGACUUUGGCCUUGACGUCCAUGAUCUGCAUCCCCAUGGUGGUGGUCAUCAAGAUCAUUCGCUCCGACGGGCCGCUCAUUGAGAGGAUCAAGGCGGUGGCCGCCCCGGUCCGCGGCGGCGCCAGUUCCCGCCCGGCGGACCACCGCGGCCCCAGGGACCCGGCCUACCCCGUGGACCCCAACGGGAACAAGGGACUGCUGAUGAAGGGUCCCAGCCACACCAUCGUAGAAACCAUGAUGUAAAAAAAAAAAAAAAGAUAGCGGGGUGGAAAGCUCUCCAUGAGAUCGCGCCCCUCUCCCGCCAGCCUCCCCGAUGCUUCUCCUCAAGCUAACGCUAACUAGCCGCCUUCUGUUUCGCCGUCUGUCCGUCCGUGCGUCCGUCCGUCGGUCCGUUUCACUCUCUGGUGGAAUGAGAAAAAAAAAAGGGUUUAUGGAAGAAGAAGAAAAAAGAAAAAAAAAGUAGUCUCAAAUCUUUUAGGAAUACUUUACAAAGGAAGUUUCUUUUUCUUCUUCUGGACAAGAAGGUGACCAUGGAGUCCUGGAAUCAAAAGGUCAAAGUUGGACUGAAUCCCAAAAAGAAAGCCAAUUACGGCAGGAAUGUUUACGGCACGCUAAGUGUUUGAAGUCCCAGCAGCCCCUCGCCCGGUACUCCCGAGCCCCCCACCUACAAUCAUCCAAAACCAAAGUCCGAUUUUGUGCACUUCUGAGCACCGUUGCCGAGAACCGGAACAAACCACAAACCACCAGAGAAAAUUGGGCGGAAAAUGUCUCCGGGACCCGAGCCCUAAAACGAACACAGCGUUUUGGUUAAAAGCGUGAAUUUUCCGACCAAUUCCGACAGUCCAACUGAUGGUUUGACCGACUCCUCACGGGGAAUUUGGACAAAUCGGAAUCAGGGGCGACUUGACACGUGUGCUGCGAUUGAUGCGGGAAAAUGUCUCAAGAACUCUUGUCAUACCCAAAAUGGAAAAAUCAGUCAAAUUCUAUUAUUAAAUAGAUAUUUAUUUAUUAUACAGCUCAUUCUUUCGCCGACUCCUCCCCGGGAAUUCAACCAAACGGGACCAAAUUGGAAUCCGGGAUACUUGACCCGCAGGCCGUACGUAAUACGUUAGUUAGCGCCUUUGAAGGAUGGCCAAGGCUUUGGUUAGAAGUGGCAAAUAUUUUUGGCAAUCUUACAAUUAAACCGAUUCUCCUGGGAAAUUCAGACAAAUUGGAACCAAUGAUAUUUGACACAUGGGCUCUGAUUCAUUGUAAAGAAAUUUUGCCCACACCGCUGGCCUUUGCUGAUUUGCCACGGCUUCAGUUAGAAGUGGCAAUUAUUUUGGCCAAUUCCAAAAAUCGGACUUAAACCGAUUCCUCCCGGGAAAAUGAGCCAAAUCGGAAACAGGGAUAUUUGACACAUCAGCAAACUGCACUUGAAUUUAUCUUUUUUUUUGUUUUUUUUUUAAAUCCUUCCAAAGAUAUUAUUGUGGACCAAAAUUUGGGACAUUUCAAUGUAUUGAUGAUGUCAUCGAAACAAUUUGAAGGUUUCCAGUCAAGUGUCAUUAAUUGGCUCGUGGCGUAUUCAAUAAUAAAACGAAACAAGUAUCAUAGCAACAAACGUUUGGACAACCCUGGUGUAUCAAACCAAAUCUGUUUUCGCUGCACUUGGCAACCAUUUUUUUUUUUUUUAUAUAUGUGACAAAUCAAAGCUGUGAAAAGCCAAAAAAAAAAAACCAAAAAAAAAAAAAUAAAUAAUAAAAAAAAACAAAAAACCUAUUUAUGCGAAAAAUGCGCUGAAUGUGUACUUAUGAGAACUCCAAACCAGGAUUCUGGUUGUGAAACGCACCUUAAACGCAUGACAUGACGACGCCCGAGAGGAUUGGACCACUUGAACCCUUUAAACGUUUGUGGUGUCUUUGCCGUUGUGUUCCGCGCUCGCUGAUGCGUCUCGUUAUCCAAGCUCGAUAUCUCGCUGUUCAAGACCCGCUCCGGCCUCGGAUUGGACUGUUGGUUUUUCCCGCGCCGAGAAACUUUCCUUCGAAUUAUAAUUAGUCCCUCCCUCUGUCUACGUACUCUUAGGUCUGUCGUGUUCUCGUAUUUGCUGUGGAUGAGUAGUUUCACACAGACGAACGACCCCGCUGCUAUACAAAGGGUCGAGGGCAAAAGUAUUGGGACACUGUCGCGAGGCGGACUUUACACUGGGCGCGAGCGUGUGAGUCACCGGGCUGUUUCCAUGGCAACCUGCCUCACCCGCCGCGGAAAGAACAGCGAAGGGUUGGGCGGAAUUCGGAAAUGACUCAAUGCGGAAUUUGAGGAAAGGUUUUGGGACGAAAAGCUCAAGACAAAAGUCAUUGGUUGAGAAGAUAACAAAAAUAUGGGAUAUUUGGACAAAAGUAUUGGGACAGAAAAGGGCGAAUGUGGGACUUUGAAUAAAUGUAGUGGGACAAAACCAGGAAGGAAAUGUGGGAAUCUUGACCAUAAACUGGGACACAAAGGUGGAAAAUUGGGGGAAUUUGGACAAAAGUACAAGGGACAAAAAGUGGGGAAAUUGUGGGAAUUUGGACACAAGUAUAAGUACAAGCAAAAAAAGUAGUAAAACAUUUUUAUUUAUUUUUUUACACUUUUCAUAUUAAGGCAUAAUAAUUAUUGAACCUAGUUGAAUUCCCAUUCUUAUUUCAUUGCAUUUCUGCUCUGUAUUUCCUAUCCGUGCAGUAUUAACCACAGCACCCUCUGCUGGAUGUGCUGGGGCACCGCCCGACUUGCCCCAAAUGUAAAAUCCCCUCGAGGCAUCGCAAUACUUUUGUCCGCAAGGUUGCCUUUUUUUUCUUUUUUUCUUGAAAAUUAUCCAUCCCAUCCUUCGCGCACACACAUGCUAGCGUCACGCUAACAUCAUGCUAACAUUAUCAAACAACAUUCUUGAUGACGGCAGACAUAUCAAUCUUGAAAAAUUCUGAAUUUCCUUCAACAAAACUUGAGCUCAUCACUAUUAAAUAAGAUAAAUACAUAAAUAUAUUAAUAAAUUAUUAACUUUUUUCCUUAAAUAAAUGAUUCAUAUUUUUCCUUAAAUAAAUAGUUCAUAUCAACGUUUUUUCCAUCUAAUGGGUCACAUCAACAGCCCAUCACAUUUUCUCUCCUCAAAAAAAUGAUUCACAUUUAUUUUUCCCCAAAUAAAUAGUUCAUAUCAGUGUUUUCACCUCAAAUAAAUUAGUCAUAACGUUUUCCGCAGAUUAAUAGCUCAUAUCAUUUUCUCCCUAAAUAAAUAGCUCAUUUUGUUUUUCCCCGUAAAUAAAUUAUGUUUUUUUUCCCCCUCAAAUAAAGUUUAUUUAACAUAGUCCUCACAAAUAAAUAGAACACGUCAUUAUUUUUCUUAAAUAAAAAGUUGUCACGUUUGCUCCUCGAAUAAUCCUUUUUCACUUCAAACCGUUUUUUCCUCAAAUAAUGAGUUCAUCAUGAACUUUUCUCUUCAGAUAAAUAGUUCAUAUUUUUGUCUCUCAAAUAAAUAGUUCAUACUUUUUUCCUCAAACAAAUGACAUUUUCUUCUCAAAUGAAUUAUGGUUCGCCUACUUUCCACACAUACGUUUUCCUUAAAAUGCUACAUAUCAAAUCAAAAACAUUUCCUCAAAUAAAUAGUGCAUGUUAUUGCUUUCUCCUCAGAGAUACAGCAGCUGAUGUAAUUUAGUCUUUUUCCUCAACUAAAAGGUUCAUGUUUUAUCCUCAAACGAAAAGUUCAAAUCUGAUUUUUUUCCUCGAAUAAAGGCUUCAUUUUAUGAUGCGAAUUUUCCUCAAACAAACAUUUGACAUCCGUCACGGGCAUUUGCUUUAUUCCGUUGCCUCUUUAUAAAAAGUGCUGAAAAUUUCACAUUCCCGCCAGGAUCCUGAAUGCCGCUAAACGUCGCUAAACCAGCGAUGCUAACAACCAAACGUCCGAGCUUGAAAUGAUAGUCGCACAUUUUGGUGCCGACAUCUUUACCAAUUCCUCUUUUUGUUCCUCGUUUGUUUUUGUUUUUAUUUUGUUCCGACACCCUGCCACUCAAUCGCGUGCAAUAACGACCGCAGUUUUCCCAAAGUGUUUUGCCGAGCUGCAGUAUUCCCGCUGUUUGUAUUGACUCAGUGCUGCCACCUAGCAGGCCGUUUCCAUUCAUCGGUUUCACUCCGCCUUCGCAGCUAAAGCACAUUUGCACUGCUCAUCAUCAUCAUCAUCGUCAUCGUCGUCCUUUUCAUCCUCUUCCCACUCACGGUAUCCAUGGCGACGCCCGUCACGAGAACGUGACAAAACGGUUUUAAACGAGUAUUUCAAAGGUUUCAUUAUCUUUUCUUUCGUCUUUUCUUCCAAGUCAUCUGUAAGCUUGAAAAAAUGUUGAUCAGGUUUAAUAAAAAAAAAAAUUCAAAACAAAGGUGUAAACGUUGUUUUCUGUUGUUACUUGAUUAAAAAAAAAAUAUCCCA